ACGAGAUUAGAGCGCCUCAAGAGAAUCAUGAGGACAAACAGCUGCUUCCCAGUUGUUGUAUCAGGUGGAACAAAUUGAGAAAUGGGUUUGCUGAUGACGUCAUCGUUGCCUUUUGCAGCGAGCGCGAAAAUAGUCAAAGCUACUGAGCAGACCUCGUGCAGCAUGAUGGCUUUGGUAGCAGAGGAACACAUCUACGGGACGAACUCUUGUCACAAGGUCGUGUAUGACGGGCCGGGCUUGACACAAGUCGUGCAGCAUUAAAUACCCACUCUUCGAAGUAGUAAGAACCUUAAUGCUCUUCUUCCUACUCCUUCUAACGUGCCAGGCGUUGGCAGCAAUCGACCGACACGCACUAGUGUCACGGUACAAUCCCACCCGCAAUGCAUCCAGUCUCACCACGCCAAUGCAAGUAGGCAAUGGAAACUUCGCUUUCGGGGCCGAUGUUACAGGUCUCCAAACAUUCCAGCCAUUCGCCAUCAUGUCUUCGUGGGGGUGGAAAAACGACAGUUUGCCUCAAGGGGAGACGAUGAACGAUUUGAAUGACUAUCACGGUGUAAGCUGGUAUAACCACGGACGACUUGUCGAGUAUGAUUUUGGUGGAGAUGACAAGUUGAUUGAGCAAUGGCUCACAGCUAAUCCCAACCGCGUUAAUCUUGGGCGGGUGGGGCUGGUGUUUCGGUCGGCCGAGGGAGAGGUACUCAACGUGACGGAGAGUAACUUGACAGAUAUUCACCAGGAACUCGACCUCUGGACAGGAACGAUUACAAGCGGAUUCUCUUUUGGAGGAGAGCCGAUUACCGUGGCAACUACGUGUGCGCAAGACCGAGACACCAUUGGCAUCAGCAUCGAAUCUGUACUGUUGAGUGAUGGCCAGUUGGGUGUGUUCGUGGAUUAUCCGUGGAACGAUGGUUCGGCAGAAUUCAGCGCACCCUUUGUCGGAAACUGGAAUGUUCCUGCCAACCACACAACUUCGAUCAGUACUGAUGUCGAUGACCACAAUGCAGAGAUUACCCACACACUCAACGAAGCCUCGUUCGUCACUUCUUUUGACGGCGAUGCUUUCACUAUAUCCCGUGAUUCUCCCGACGCUCAUCGUUACACCAUCCUACCUAAAGACUCUACGUCGACCUUCCAAAUGGCAGUUUCCUAUGGCGUCGCAAGCCCAGACGAGACAAGUUAUGACAGCACGGUCAUUUCAUCGCGAACGACUUGGGACGCUUUUUGGUCACAAAGCGGUUUCAUCGACGUGUUUACGAAAUCUUCGGAUCCGAGAGCAGACGAGUUACAGAGAAGGAUCAUUCUGUCGCGGUAUUUGAUGCGUGUCAAUGAGGCGGGGGACACACCACCGCAGGAGUCCGGGCUAGUGAAUGAUGGCUGGUACGGCAAGUUCCACAUGGAGAUGUACUUUUGGCACGCGGCACACUGGGCACUCUGGAACAACUGGGAGCUGCUCAACCGAUCUACCAAUACCUACGCAAAAUUCCUGCCAUCCUCGAUAGCCAGAUCACAGCAGCAGCAACACUGGCCCUCCGGUGCACGAUGGCCAAAGAUGACCGACCCUUCAGGUCGUUCAUCCCCAGGUCAGAUAAAUAAUUUACUGAUCUGGCAGCAACCGCACCCGCUCAUAUUUGCGCAGUAUGAGUAUCGAGCAUCACCAACGAUGGAGACGCUGCGCAAGUGGGAAGAUGUGGUUCGGGAAACAGCCAACUGGAUGGCGGAUUUUGCGUGGUACAAUGCAUCUACAGGCGUCUAUGAUUUGGGGCCGCCCAUGUAUGUCGUCAGCGAGGACACAAGUCCCAAUGUGACAGUGAAUCCCGCGUUCGAAUUGGCAUAUUGGCGUUUGGGAUUGGGCUACGCCGAAGAAUGGAUGCAAAAUCUCGGUGCAGAGGUCCCGAAGAAUUGGACGGUAGUCAAAGACAAUCUGGCCGCACUUCCUGUUAACAACGGCACAUACAAGGUGUACGAAACACUUGAAAACGACUUUUGGACGGAUCCGGCGUAUACCAACGACCAUCCCGCGUUAGUGGGUCUAUAUGGAUGGCUUCCGGAGACAGAGGGUCUAAACCUAACAAUUGCGAAAGCGACGGCUGAUAAAGUGCGAGAGGAUUGGAAUGUGACGAACUGCUGGGGGUGGGAUUUCCCGAUGCUUGCAAUGUCAUCGGCGCGUAAUGGAGAUGCCGAGGAGGCCACUGAGUGGUUGUUGGACCCUCUUUUCAACUUCGACGACGUCGGGAUGCCGUUAGGUGGUGUACGUGUGCCUACACCGUAUUUCCCGGGCUCGGGUGGGCUCCUAUACGCUGUUGCGAUGAUGGCAGGUGGAUGGGAUGGUAGUGAAGGGAAUGCGAAUGCGCCAGGAUUUCCGAAGGACGGCUGGGUUGUUCGUUAUGAAGGUUUGAGUAAAGCAUUGUAGUCAACAAGCUCUUUUUGCGCCUCUUUAGAAAGUCCCAUGCGACCCCGCCAGUUCGAAGGAAGAAGUGGAGGAUUGUGUAUAGAGAAAGGUUUGGAGGCUAGUUCGAUGAUUUUGUCGACAGUCGUGGGU